AUGUUUCUGCAACGCGGUUCUCGAGCCAUCCGCGCCGUACACCGGCAAUGGGUGGUGUCCGGAGGUAACGUAACCAAGGCCGCCCUUGCGGCGAGCGCGGGAGGUCCCUCCAGAUGGUUCCACGAGACGAGGAGGCAGCAAACUGUCAAGCCGGUCUUACUCGCCGACAUUGGAGAAGGCAUUGUCGAGUGCGAGGUCAUCCAAUGGUUUGUGCAGCCAGGCGCGAGGGUUGAGGAGUUCUCACCGCUCUGUGAGGUCCAGAGCGACAAGGCGUCGGUCGAGAUUACGAGCCGUUUCGCGGGCGUGGUCAAGAAGCUCUACUACGAGGCCGGUGACAUGGCCAAGGUCGGCAAGCCGUUCGUCGACAUCGACAUCGAGGGGGGUGCGGUGGAUCAAGUAGAUUCUGCGGCCAAGCCUGACGCGGAGACACCCGCGGCGCCGGUGGAGAAGGCCGACGAGGACGUAAUCCAACAGGAUUCCAAGUCUGAUGUCCCUCUUACAGCCGAGGAACAGAGGCGGCUUCGGAUCAGGGAAAACAACAGGGCGAUCGCAACUCCGGCAGUGCGACACCUUUCCAAGGAGCUCAACGUGGACAUACUACAAAUCCAGGGUACAGGAAAGGACGGCAGGGUACUCAAGGAAGACAUCUACAAAUUUGUCCAGCAGCGGAAUGCCGGCGCGCAGACCCCCGCCGCCCCCCAAAUAUCACCAUCCGCCUCAACCGCACAGCCCUCGCAACAGCAAGAGGAGACUGUCGUGCAGUUGACCAACACCCAGGUGCAAAUGUUCAAGGCCAUGACCCGGUCCUUGACGAUUCCGCACUUCCUUUACACCGACGAGAUCGACUUUACAAACAUCAGCGAUCUCCGCACGCGGCUGAAUAAGGUCUUGGCCACUACGGCCAAGGUCAGCACUGGCGGAAACGGCACCGUCAUCCCCUCCGGCCAGAGCCAGCAGGACUUGGUCGCGAAGCUCUCCUACCUCCCCUUCAUCAUCAAGGCCGUCUCCAUGGCCCUCUACAAGUACCCCAUCCUCAAUGCCCGCGUGGACGUCGACCCUACGACCGAAAAGCCCGUGGUCGUGCAUCGCAGCCAACACAACAUUGGCGUCGCGAUGGACACCCCUCAAGGACUCCUCGUCCCCGUCAUCAAGGACGUCGGCUCUCUCAACAUCCUCAGCAUCGCGGCCGAGCUAACGCGCCUGCAAGCCCUCGCAUAUGCGGGGAAGCUGACCCCUCGGGACAUCACCGGCGGUACUAUAACGGUGUCCAAUAUUGGUAACAUCGGCGGCACCUAUCUCUCGCCUGUCAUCGUCGAGAAAGAGGUCGCCAUUCUUGGCGUCGGACGAAUGCGAGCCGUGCCGGCCUUUGACGAGGCGGGGAAUGUUGUGAAGAAGCAGGUCUGCAACUUUAGCUGGAGUGCAGACCACAGGGUAGUUGAUGGUGCGACUAUGGCCAGGGCGGCUGAAGUGGUCAGGGCAGUUGUGGAGGAACCGGAUGUUAUGGUCAUGCACUUGCGGUAA